ACACUCGUGUUAAUCUUUUGUGCUUUUUUUGGCCCUAGACAGUCGUCUGGGUUUCUAUAUUAACAGUGAUGGAUAGAUAACUACAGUUUAAUUACACAGAGGUCAUGGUGGGAAAUUUAGAUCUUCUAGCAAGGGGAGGGGGUUAAAGCCCCUGCCAUAUAUGGUAACCACACCUGACAUUUGUAAUGUGGUUAGCUCUUGGAAUUUAGACCUGCAUGGGAAUGGCAUCAACUAAUCUUGGAAACUAUUCAGGUGCCUUCUGGGAAUGUGGAGUCAUGACUAUAAAGCCAUCAGUCUGGCCCUGGUGGACACUGCAUUUUUCACGAGUUUUAAUACAAGUAAUCACAUUAAAUUAUGUUAUUAAAGGUUUUAAAAUAUUUCAAGUUUUGAGGAUUGGAUUGGAGUACUUUUAAGUUUUCAGUAGUUUGACUUGCCAAGGCUUUGCUAUCCUGUUUGAAUUUGACUUCAGUAAAAGAGUCAAUUAUUUAAAGAAAGAUGAACUUUUAUAUAACUCUCAAAGCUCAUAGAAACUAUUUGCCAAAUAAUCCUUUAUAUAACAGGCAGUUGAAUCUUUUUACAGAGUUUUUAAACACUGGAGUGAGCAGAAGGUGGAUGUGUAUUUCAAAUGUCGCUCUUGACCUCCACCUACAACGAAGUUAGGCACUUGUAGAGGAAAUUGCGAUGGCAAACCAGCACUUGGAAGUAAAGCGUGUAUAAGAGCAUCUGCUAAUGAGUUAUGGAUGAAGUUAAGACAGAAGUAAAGACUAUCAAUGCAGUCACCAUGGGAAAGGGUUUUUUGACAAAGCUGUCUAAUAUUGCUCUUCUUAGAGGAUAAAGAGUUUAGUGCCAAAAUCCACUACACUUUAUUGCUUUUAUGAAGUGUCUCUGCUGCAGUCUUUGGGCUUUCCCCCUGCCCCCUCUGUGGGUACGUACUGUUUUCAGUCUGGGGAAGACAUGCCAUGUUAUUACUUUUUUUGUUGUUUAUUUUCUCACAGCUGAACAAAUAUAAAAGGCCACGAGGUGAAUUGCAGUCUCAGGAUUAAUGAAAUUGACUCAGCAAACCACAUAUCCUCUGGUUUUGCUGACAGGUCACAUGACAUUUUAAGCCAUGCAGUAAUGUCAAUAUAUUCUUUUGUCUUUUUAAAGGAGUAUUUAAAUUAUUCCAGCUUCUAAUAGAUAUAUCUGACAGCUUUUUCUUAAGGUGUAAGUAAUAGCACAAUUGGGUUAUGAAGGUCAAGAAUGAAAACGUGCUUUGUUGUUAUAAGCAUGUUGAUGAGUUUUUCUAUAAAAACUCUUUUCAAAGGAAAGAGUCGAUAACUCAGAUUGUGGAAAAUAACUGGGUGGAUUCUGAUUAAGUGGAAAACGUGCACCUCAGUCUAGUUUACAUUUCAUUUGUUAUUGCUGAAAACCUGACACAAUAACAAUCAGAGGUCACAUACGGCAAAGUGUUACAUGUUACUUGGAGUUUCUGGUGGACAUUAAAAAAUGCUCUUUUGGAAUAAUACAUUUUGUGAAAAAGAAAAACACAGUUUCAACAAUGUUCUUAUAAAGAUGUGUGGAAAGAGGCACCGAAUGCAACGGGAAACAGUCUGACAAGGGCAAAAAAUGAGGACAGGACUAUUUUUAUAUUCUGCGGACUGAUGAGCGACAUGACACGAGGCACAAAAAAGACAGGUGGAAGUAAUAAAUGCUACGAGACAGGAAGACUUAAACAUGAUACAGACAGAGUGGAAGACAGAAGGAACAAGCCCAGUGAUGAGAAGGAGAAAAAAUACCAGCAAAAUAAUAGGAUCAAAACAGGGACCAGAAACUCUGUAAAGUGUAAAGUAAAAAAGUAAAACUCAAAAGCUUUAACAAAAAAACAACAACUUUUACAUUAUUUUAUACUUUUAAAUACAUCAACUUUAAAUACAGCAAAUAUCCUAUUAACCAAAUGUAUUUAAGACUAGCUGUGCUUUAGAACGAUGCUAAUGGGGUGCCUCCCUAAUACAUAAACAAACAUUAUUUCAAAAAUUACAGUUUUAUCUUUAGUCUUCUGACUGAUAAAGGAGAGGUAGAGUUUACUGGACACAUAUUAAAUAAACAAAUCAACAGAAUAAACAGUUUAAGAAAUUAACGUUUUAGCUGAUUUUAAACUGAAUUUAUGCGUGUGUGUGUGUGUGUUCAACUAAAAAGGCUCUAAUUUUCACUUCUACAUAUUGCAAUGCUAAAAAAUCUUAGAGCUCUAGACUAAAUGUUUAUGUGUAUUCAUAAUGGAUGGUGGGUGCUGUCACUUUGUUCCUGCUCAGGCUCCUCGAAAGCUGCUGUCUUUCUCUGAGCUCUCACCUUCGUGCUCUAGCGUCUGGCCCUUCUCCACCUCCUCCCCUGAUACUUAUACAUCUGACUCCCCUUCUACAAUUUUGAGUACAAUCCUUUCUGUCUCACUCAGCAUUCUGCUUCCUGAAGUAUGGGCGUAGGUUGAAAACGGGACUCCUGCUGUUUAUAGUACUAUUUCAGUACUAAGUUGAUGUUAAUCUCAUAUUUAAGAUAGAAGAACAUUUUUAGCAACACAAAGAUAAUAUCUGCAAAGACAUGAGUUAAUCUCCUUUGUUGCUAUAAAAAGUGGAAGCUGCAAUGCCAGUCACUUUGAAGAAAGUCAGUGUUGUAUGUUGGUCAAAUCACUGCAAACAAAAAGCUCAGGCUGUCUUCUUGACAGCUCAGGAGGACACAUAUAGAUUGCAUACAUUUUUAUUGAGAAAGAGGUCUCAGACUCCUGUUUCUCACAGAGGAGACUGAAAACUAUGUUCAGAUGCAGCCUAGCAGGAACCCACCACUUACAGUAAUCUGAUUUAAUUAGCUGAAAGGGAGCAGCCUGUGUGUCUCCAAGUGUCACAGUAAGUAUUAAAUUACUGUGAUAUUACUUACCAUGAUCCUGACAACAUAUAUUAGGAUCCUCGCACUGGAUUAUGUAUUGUUUUGCAAAACCCAAUGUGUUUGUGUGAAUGUGGCCUACCCAUGUAAAAUUUACACUUGAUUCAUGUAAGACCCAGCAGGCAAAAAUCCUGUUUGAGAAGUAAAGUCACACCACUGAGUUUUAGUGAUGAAAGUAGCUUCCUAUAUUAACUACCACGCUUUAAAAUUAAGACCAGGUAAGAAUAUAAAGUGAGGGGUUUGUACUUGCGUGUGCAACUUAGUGGUUAAGAGGUGGGGUUUCCUUGACAUUUAAAUAGCAAUGAACAACUGUUUUUGUAUCCUCUGUUAGACAGAUCUCUUAGGAGAACUUUCUAGACUCUUGGCACCGAGCACAAGGACUGAGCUGUAUUUAUUUUUAACAAGUGGACAGCUUGAUUGAUCCACUUUCAUUUGGAGAUUAUAAAUUAAGAGAAAAGACUGCUGACAAAGAGGGGUGAAGGGUGAGCUGUAACCAUGGAGGCUGCAUUUCACCCUUUCUUCACCACAACUGGCCAGCUGCCCUGGUUGCUUCUGACUGUGUUUACAUCGUGGACAGCCUUUUGUUCUGCAGAUAUAAAGCAGACAAGAAGGCCAUUAUAUACCCAGAAGCCAGUUCUUCUUGCCUGGAAUGCCCCAACACAGGAGUGUGAACCACGACAUAGAGUAACCUUAUCUUUGAGCCAGUUUGACAUUGUAGCGACCCCCAAUGAGGGCUUUGUGGGGCAAAACCUUACAAUCUUCUAUAAGGAACGUCUUGGGUUGUAUCCCUAUUAUAAGCAUGAUGGCAGUGCGGUGAAUGGAGGCCUUCCACAGCUUGUCAGCCUCACUGAGCACUCAAAAAAGAUGCCCGAAGGCCUUAAAAAAUACAUAAAAGUGCCAGGGGCAAAAGGUUUGGCUGUUAUUGACUGGGAGGAGUGGCGUCCUAUAUGGGUCAGAAAUUGGGAUGCUAAACUUAUCUAUCGAAAUAAAUCCUAUGCAAUGAUAGCCAAAAAGAACCCUACAUGGACCUCAAAACAAGUGGAGAAAGUUGCAGAACAAGAAUUUGAGCUAUCGGCUCAAAGAUUCAUGCAGGAGACUUUGAAACUGGCCAAGAAUAUGAGGCCCAAUCAGCUGUGGGGCUUCUACCUGUUUCCAGAUUGUUACAACCAUGACUACAACAAGAAUGGUCUGCAAAACUACACAGGCCACUGUCCUUCAGUGGAGGUGGACCGCAAUAAUCAUCUCAACUGGUUGUGGAUGGAAUGUACAGCACUUUUCCCGUCAGUAUACAUGGAACCUGUGCUACGCUCAACGAGCCAAGGGCGCCUUUUUGUCCGGAACAGGGUGAAGGAGGCAAUGCGCCUGGCAUCUGUUGGGGAUGGAUUAGCACGUCCUGUUUAUGUUUACACCCGACCUACCUAUAUCAGUCAAACGACUCUCCUAACUGAGACAGAUUUGGUCUCCACAAUCGGUGAGAGUGUUGCACUUGGAGCUGCAGGUGUAAUCUUCUGGGGCGACACCUCUCAUGCAAGCAGCAGUGCCAACUGCUCAACCCUAAAUGAUUAUCUUAAGGGACCGCUGGGUCGGUACCUGCUCAAUGUGUCCACAGCAGCAGAGCACUGCAGUCAUGUGCUAUGUAAUUUCAGCGGCCGCUGUUUUCGCAGAAUAUUGGACAGCGAUAUAUAUCUGCAUCUCAGCCCUUCAACACACAAGAUAACUAGUCAGAGUGGCCAGCUCAAGGUUACAGGAAUGCUCAGCCAAACUGAGAAGACUUUUUUCCACAAGCACUUCCAGUGCCAGUGCUACAGUGGGUACAAGGGUGAUGACUGUACUUUGAAAGAAAAAGAGCCCAAUAGAGCCUCCUCUGUAUUAGGGACUUGGCCUCUUUGCCUUUUACUUCCGCUCGGACUCCUUACUCUUCUACAUUGAGGAAACAGAGACUAACUAUUUACUGUUUCAGCGAGCCUAGAAGUGGACAGUUUAGACUGUUAUGCAUAAAUAUGGAAAUUAUAUUGAUGCAUUGACAAUACCAAGUAAUCUGAGACCUCCCCAAGCUGUUUUUGUCCUGGCAUGCAGACCGAUGGAACAUAAAUAUCUGUGGGUAGCAAGUUGCAGCAACAACUUGCUGUCAGUCUGCCCCAGGGCAGCUGUAGCUUGCAUCCACCAGUGUGUGAACAUGAGAGUGAAUGAAUAGUGGAAUUGUAAAGCACUUUGGGUGCCUAGAAAAGCGCUAUAUAAAUGCAAUCCAUCAUUAUAACAAUGGGCUGAAAUGAAUGUCCUACCACCAAGAUUACCUUGUAGAAAAUCAUGCCUAAAAUCAGUCUUUUCUCAAAGUAAUCACCAGAUAAAUGGAUGUUGAGUAGCUUUACAGGACCUUAGUGUAAAUGUUUUACUGUCUCCAUAGUGAAGAGAAGCCAAAGAUAUCUAUUUUUGAAAGCUUUUUUUAUGAUUGGUUUAACAUCAGAACAACAACACAUGGCUUAAAGUAGAAAAAGUGGAUAAAAGGGAACAGACGCACACAUAUUUACAGGUUAUUGGUGCCUCAUGGCAAAACAGACACUACAUUACAAUAGUAUUAUAUAGUAUGAAUAUCGAGCUCUUAAGUGUCUUAUUAAUGAAAUACAAGCCAGUCUUAAAUCUCUUUUGUAUUUUUUUGCUUAGAGAAACAUCAAGGAUGGACCUGCUCGUUUUCAGUUCAAUAUUGUGCCUUAACAGGGCUGAAACCAGCUCUCUUUUGCAGUUGCAGUCUUUAUGUCCUUGCUUUAUAUUGAUAUAAACUCCAUCAUGGCUAACAAUUUUAUUAUAACCGAACAGUGCAGAGCAAAUACAUACAUGUUACAAGGUAUCCAUCAACUUAAAUGGAUAUCACUGUGAAAACAGGUCAUAAAACAUUAGGAAAUAUAUCAGACUGGCAAUUUAAACACAACUUGACACUAUAACUGACUGUAGUUUACACAUUUGCCCAACAAGCCAAAUAGCCCCCAGUUUGAUCCUGGGAAGACAAAACAGAUCGCUUUAGCGUUUCAUCAGGAAGGGCAUCCGGUAUAAAAAAUCUACCAAGUCAAACAUGUGGAGCUAACGGCUGUGGCGACCCCUGAAAGCAGGGAGCAGCUAAAAGUUCAAUAUAACUGAUUAUAGCUGAUUUCAGCUUGUGUCUGAUGUACUGGAAUAGGCUAUAUGUUCGCUCCAUUCAUAACCAAAUGUAUAGGAUUGCUUUGAAAUUGUUUUGCAACUGUCUAACUGAAUAUUAGCCGACUGAAAAAAAAUGUUGUGUCAAGGAUUUUGCCGGUGAUACUGUGUGAACAGCAAUUACUGUAGGUACAAGUUCAGAAUUGUUUGUUCCCAAUAUAGCUGAGCAGUUGCAUGUUUUAUACAGUAGGUACUAGUUUCAGUAGCUAAAAUGAGUUAUGAAAGAAGCCAGCAGGUGGUUUUUCACAAACACGGUAGUCUCAGAAUUGCACAGCUGGUGUUGAAUCGUGAUGUUAUAUGUACUUAUAUUGCAUAGGUCUUCAAGUUCUGCACUUUACUUUCAUGCAGAGUUGGACUGGGUGUCAUUACAUGUCGUGAGGGACAAAACUGAGUGAAUACUGUCAGUGCAUGACAGUGCUAUAGUGGCUUUUCGCGUGUAAUGUGUCACAUUGGAAAUACUCUGUUUCACUGUGAAUCUUGCUGAAAAGCAAAGGGUUGCCUCGAUGGUUGUUAUCUCUCUCCAUCAGCUUUCAUCUAAUUUUUUUAAGAAGUAUCCAAAAAAAUUUAAGCCUUUUUU